UUGUUUUUUUCCAAUGAUAACAUUUUUGUGAUAUGCCUUUCAACGGAGUUUUGGAAUGAGAUUAAAUUCUUAACGACCUCAAUAAGUUAUAUCCUGUACUCAAGUGGACCGAAUAACCACGGACGAGUGCAACCGAAUCGACCAGUGUAGUGUAUGGGCACAACGUGUCUCGGUAUUUGCAAUGUUCAACACUCGUGAUAUCGCAUUGUUUAUAUGCAUAACUAUACAACUGUGUGUAAUUACUGCGGGAAAACUAUAUCAGAAUAUAACAGUACAAAACAUCUUGAGAAAAAAUAUAUUUAGCAACUAUGACAGAGUGGUGAUUCCUACCAUACAAGAUAGCUUCUUAAAAGUAAACAUGAGAAUAAUAAUAAACAGUGUAGAUUUGGAUUAUGAAAAAUCUCAAAUGAUUCUCAGUACUUGGUUCAUUGCGACUUGGAGAGACGAUCGGUUGAGUUGGAAUCCGGACGAGUACGAUCAAUUGGAAUCCAUUAUAGUCGAUCACCGUGAAAUUUGGCAUCCGGACGUCAUGGCAUUCAAUAACGUGGACGCAAACAUGGAAGACGACCGGACGCGCGUCAACAGCGUGCUGAACAGCAACGGUUCCGUGAUCUGGGUAGAACCGGUGCAGUACAGCGUCCACUGUCAGACGGACACAACGCAUUGGCCUUACGACACACAAGCCGGAGUGCUAAGACUCGGAUCAUGGAUGUACAACGGCAACGUGUUGAACCUGACUACGUACAACGACGAAGUAGAAUUGUCCAGCUCGCAUUCGGAAUGGGAAAUAACUAACGUCCACAAGGAGAGACACGUCCGGUUCUACCCCUGUUGCCCCGGCGAACAGUACAUCGACAUCGAGUACAACAUCACCAUCAAGCGCAAAGUGCAUCCCUACCAGUCAAUCAUCUACAUUCCCGCGCUGUGUAGUGCAUUGUUUAAUUUAAUAACAUUUUGGCUGCCAUGCAACGACAAUUAUUGCAAACUGUUUGCAAACCUGUUCAACGCGUUGUUCGUCACGUUGACUAUUUUGGUCAUAUACUCUAAAGUGCCAGUUGUUACUUCUACUGUUCCACUGAUUGUCGUUUACUACACUUACAGUUUGGGUCUGAUCUCCAUGACCAUGGUCAUCUCUAUGGCAGUAAAAGAAAUGUCUGCGGUGAGCAAACCAUUGCCGCACGGAGUGAUGCAGUUUCUUCAUUCCGAUUACCUGGAGUACUUGGGAAUCAAAAUAAACGACUCGGCAACAGAUGGUCAUAUGCUUUGUGAAUCCGAAGAGAUGAACGCGCAAACCGUCGACUUGAACGAGAGACAAAAAUGCGCCAAAGUAAUCGACAGAAUAUGCUUCGUAUUGUUCGCAGUAGUAUAUUUGAUUCUUCUGCUGCGAUUUAUGCCAUAGUAUUACACCUCACUAUUAAAAUCAUUAUAAUAUUAAAACUUUAAAGAAAAUUAAUUUUAAUCAAAAUGUAUAAUAACGUUAUAACGAAUAUCCUAAUUGUAUACCAGUGUCGUAGCCAAUGGGUGCUAGCAGGGUACGUGAUCCCCCCGAUUUAUUCAAAGUACGUUAAUUAUAUUAAUAUUUCCACUCAAAUAAUCAUAGCACAUACAUAUAAUUAUCGAUCGAACGAUUCGUAGUUAAAAUAAUAUUGAAUUAAAUAGAUUUUUUUAAAGCUUUGAAAUCAAUUCCUUCACGACUAUACCAACAAAUAUGGUCAUAACAAAGUUAUCAACGAUAUAUAGAUAGAUUAACUGUCGAUAUAUUUGUCCAAUAUAUCGAUUUAAGUUCUUUGAUAAAUAUUAAUUAUCUGUAAAAUCGUUCGAUAUGAUCGUAACAUCGUUAUCUUAUAUACAUAUUAUAUAUAUUUACAAAAUAUUCCUUUUUUUUUAUUACACCAAUAAUAAUUAUAAGUUAUUGCCAAAUUAAAUAUAUUGUUUGGGCACCUUGACUUUGCACUACCUAACGUUGAUUCCUGGCAUGUGAUAAGAUGAUAUUUCAGCCACUCUGCCUUGUUGAUGGCCACAUUUGUUUUGUUUUUGACACCGACCUUUGCGUCUUGCUUGUAUAGCUUGUUUUAUAGAUACUAGAUCGUACUCCUGUGUAGCCAGCCACCAUAUACAACCAUAUUGCUUUCGGUUUUUUUUUUUUUACUGAUACAUGCAUUAAUAUCGUUUUUUAUCGUUACUAAAAUAAGAAAUUUAUUUUGAUCGAUAAUAAUGGGUUUUAUAUCGAUAUUUUAAUCGUUUGAUCAAUAAUGAUAUCCCUAGUCUAGACUUUAAAUUAUUAAACAAAAAUAGAGCAAUUACAUGUCUAUAGUCGUCGCAAUAACUUUGAAAUUUUGAAAAAAGUUCGAAAUUUUUACAUUUCUAUUGUCUGAUCAAUAUUUUGUUAUAUUAAAAAUGCG